CGUAUUCCAUUUGACAUGAAGAUCCCAACUCUAUCUGCUUGCUCAUGUUGUGCACCACAAUCUCCAUGCUGCCAACCAGCCCCGGCCACACAAAUCCUGCUCACAACGAAGAUGGCAACACAGGCGUUGGUUUCUUCGUCGUCCAUAUGCUCUUCGGCAGAGGCCGCCAGGCAGAUUCUGGGAGGAAGGCCAGCAGAGUCUUCGAGGAGGGUUUCCUUUGUUGUAAAGGCUGCUUCUACCCCUCCUGUCAAGCAAGGAGCUAACAGGCCCCUUUGGUUUGCAUCCAAGCAGAGCCUUUCCUACUUGGAUGGCAGCCUCCCUGGUGACUACGGAUUCGACCCGUUGGGGCUUUCGGACCCUGAAGGCACCGGGGGAUUCAUUGAGCCGAAAUGGCUAGCCUACGGUGAAAUCAUCAACGGGCGUUUCGCUAUGUUAGGGGCAGCAGGAGCCAUAGCACCAGAAAUCUUGGGUAAAGCAGGCCUGAUCCCUGCCGAAACAGCUCUCCCAUGGUUCAAGACUGGAGUCAUUCCCCCGGCUGGAACAUACGACUACUGGGCAGAUUCUUACACCCUAUUCGUUCUGGAGAUGGCACUUAUGGGCUUCGCCGAGCACAGGAGAUUCCAGGACUGGGCCAAGCCAGGCUCCAUGGGCAAGCAAUACUUCUUGGGGUUGGAAAAGGGAUUGGGAGGGUCAGGCGAUCCUGCCUACCCUGGUGGCCCUUUUUUCAACCCGCUUGGCUUCGGGAAAGAUGAGAAGUCGAUGAAGGAUUUGAAGCUGAAGGAGGUGAAGAAUGGAAGACUGGCUAUGUUGGCAAUCUUGGGGUACUUUGUACAGGGUCUAGUCACCGGCGUCGGCCCUUACCAAAACCUGCUCGACCAUUUGGCUGACCCCGUGAACAACAAUGUAUUGACCAGCCUCAAAUUCCACUAAACUUGUACUCAUGUAUGCUGCUAAGUACUGUUCGUAACUCCAUUACGUGUAGAGAACUAUUUAGCAUGUCAUUAGUAAGAAUACGUAAGGAAAGAUGAUUUUUUAUCGGAAAAACUAUAUUUUUGGUUCCA